AUGUUCAAACCACCAAAGUCCAAAUCAAUAUCCAGUCAGGGAUCGUCGCUAUCCAAAUCAGAUUGCAGUCCACAGCGAUUUCCUCCAGUCCAGUCAUUACGAAAGUCGGGACAAUCAAAAGGAACACCCAUUGGCGUACCCUUUAACGAUCCUACUUCUGGACGAGUCAUUGAAAGAUACCAAGAAGUUCGAGACUAUUUUCCUACUAAUCUUCGUGGAGUGAGACCCAAAAGGUAUGGUUCGCACGGUGCCAUUCUUGAAUCAACUUCCGGAUCUUAUCCAUCCUCAACUUCCGGUAGCAAUGGUGGAAGGACGAAUCACUCGCUUCUCCCUCAUCAUCAUCGUCAACAACAUGACAACCGCCCUAUCAAAAAGGUGCAUCAACUAAAAUCGAAGGAUUCCAGUCUUCAAUCCAGUCGAUCUUAUCGAGAUGAUACCCAUCGAGAAUUACCUUCAGCAUCGCCAUCAUCAUCAUCAUCAUCACGUCGAUACAAGAAGAACCACCAACAACGAUCACGUCCUCGGCUACACAAUGAAGACAUCAUCCUAAGCUCUGAAUCCGAUAGCGAAGGCAGUGAUGUGGAUCUUUUCAGGCCCCAGAACAACAACAACAAACAGACUUCGAGCAAACGACCUACUCUUUUCCCAUCCUCAUCCACCAGCACAUCACGUAGCAGUAACAAGGCACGCAAAUCGACAUUGAAUGAAAAGGAUCUCAUGGUGAUUGACGAUGACAGCAGUGAUCAUGGACAUCCAGUAUCAACUUCUUCGCCUUUUAGCCUCAAAACACCACCAAGAACAGAGCAAUCAGCACCCUCUUCUUCCACCCACAAAGGCAAACAACGAUCUCCUUCUCCAGCUACAUUAUUUGAAAAAGAAGCAACUUCAUCCAAGCCAAGACGCGGACACAACGGCCAUGGAAUUAUAUUACGUGAUGAUGACGACGAUGAUUUCCAAGCACACAAGAAGCAAAAAAGGGAAUCACGGUCGCCUGAACUAUUUCAAAGCGAAUCAUCACGAAGACGCAGCGAGUCGAUUGAUCGUAUUGGGAAAGCUGUGUUCAUGUCAGUGGAUGAAGAGAUGGAUCAUUUGUUGAACAAUGGGCCUACACGCGAUCUAAGAGACAGCCCUCGAUUUUCAUCCGGCAAAUUCAAUGCUUUCAAAUCACCCUCAUCGUCGCUAUUUUCAAAGGCACCACCACCACUACGAGAGCAUUCAAGCAAGGUCACAUUGAUUGAUAGCGAUGAAGAAGAACCAGCAUUGCGACGACGUGGUAUUUCUGUACCCAAGUUGGAUGAUGAGGAUUCUGGAAAGGAGGAAGAGAUCCAUUGGCUACAAGAGGAUGAAAAGAAAGAAGACCAAGAGCAGAGAGGCAGCAGCAGCAACAACAACAACAAGCAGAAACGAAAGAGCAAGAGUGAUGAUGAGGAUGAUGGCGGUGAAUACUCUGAAGAUGCCAAGCCGACGACUGUCACCAAAAAGAAACGAAGCUUGUCCAAAGGCAAGCCCUAUACCCAAUCUGCCACACGAUCAUCACGACGCUUAGCAGCAAAACAAGAGCCAUUAUGUAUCAGCAUUGAUGAAGAUUCUGAUGACCAAGCAAUCCCUGUACAAACCAUUUAUGCUACCAGCGAAGAAGAACAACCCAUGUGUCGAUAUCCACCCAUCGGCUCAGGCGGUGUUAUUUUAUACCCUGCAGACUAUAAUCGACUCGAGAAGGAUGAUUUCCUCAAUGAUACUUUGAUUGAAUUUUAUCUCCGGUGGUUGCUGGAUCAAUCCGGAACAAGAGCCGAUGAAAUCUACAUUUUCAGUUCCUUCUUUUACGAACGCUUAUCAAAUUCCAGAAGAGGUGACCCAUACGAGGAUGUGAAACGCUGGACACGCAAGGUUGAUGUCUUUAGCAAGAAGUUUCUACUUGUACCGGUGAAUGAAAACUUGCAUUGGUACUUUAUGAUCAUUGUGAAUCCUCAAGCAUGCACUGAACAAGAUAGUGAGCACGUCACACGGAUAUUUAUUUUGGAUUCAAUGGGAGGAAGGCAUAUGCGUGCUGCAAAGACAUUGAAUGCAUGGCUCAAGUGCGAAGCAAAGCAUCGACUCAACCUCAAUGACAAAGACGUGAAGAGUGCCCGUAUUGUCCAUGCAGAGGUCCCACGACAAAAGAACGCUUACGAUUGCGGGGUUUAUUUACUUCACUCUGCAGAGGUGUGCAUCAACAACACUGAGAUCUUUGAGGAUAUCUUGCUGAAGGAAAAACCAGAUGAUGCAGUAUGGCAGAUAGACGAACUAGUCGGACAGUCGGCCGAUAGACGUGGGUAA